AUAUACUUGUCUCACUUUAACUUAUUGCACCAGUUCGGCAUUAGCUGAAAAGAACAGAUCAUAGAACAGACCACUAUAGUGUAAACUUGCGAGCCGAAACAUGGCGGAUGUUUUGUUUGUGUGCGCAAGGAUGGUCACGCGCGGUAUGCGCGAUUGGGUUUUUAUUACGGUGAGCGAUAACGCCGCAUCGGUGGUGCAAAAAAUUGCAUGAGCCCGGCGACACAAAGUAAGUCGGGCGCUAAGCGAAGCGACACGGACGAUGAACGCGACGAGCCUGUACGUGUCGACGUGUCGACUGGUACUGCAGGCGGACGUCGACGAUCUGAACUCUUGGACGGACCUUUAUAGGCUAGUCCCAUAUUUACGGCAGAGUCUCAGCUGCACCGUGUGUUCUAACCUGCUGAUCGAACCGCAUACUCCGACCGAGACCAACUGUCAACAUCACGUAUGUCGUGGCUGCCGCGGCGGCCGCAAAAAGCUCAAGCCGUCGUGCGGUUGGUGCAAGGACUACGAGAAGUACGUGGAAAAUGUGCAACUGCGUAUACUGCUACAGUGUUACAAGAAGCUGUGCGAGUACCUCACCAGCACCGGCAUCUACCGCAGCUUGGUACACUCCGUGUCAGCGAGUGGUGCGACCAAUGGCGCGUCCACCAUCGGCGCCAGCAGUCUUAUGGAACUCAUCCAGGAAGGUGCAGGCUUCAAAGAUGAGUUUAAAAGCAAUGCUGGCCUGUCCAAAUCAGCGUACAGCAUAUUACCGUGCGUCUAUACCAGCACCACCUCUACCCAGACCCAGGCUAAUAGUGUGCAAACUAGUGAGACGAUGUCCCAAAAUAUACCUGAAUCGCCGACAAUCCGGACUGUGUCGAACGGAUCGUCCAUAUAUUCCGUGAUGUACGCCGGUUCCGGUAACAAGAUCACGAUAAAACGUAAGGCGGCAGCUACGGAGGACACGGAGACGGGACAGCAGGAGACGGACGGCAGUCAACACAGCUCUGUAGGAGGGGUAAAAUGCAUUCCGUCUUCCCACCUUAAAUAUGGGACUGCCUCUCAGAAAAAAUCUUCAAAGGGCAGCAAACAGUCCUCAGGAAGUUUUAAAAAGCCACGAUCGAGUUCAGCUAGGAGUAAAAGGAAAGGAUGCAGAUGUGGCAACGCCACCGCGAUACCCGGGAAACUCACCUGUUGCGGUCAAAGGUGUCCCUGUUAUGUCGAAAGUAAACCCUGUGUAGAAUGUAGAUGUAGAGGUUGCAGAAAUCCUCAUACAGCAGAUGGAUUGAAGAUCCGUCCACACAUACCUGAACUUCAUAAUUUACAACUACAAUUGUCCACCUCUUUGGAUUGUGACGCGCUAAGCGGAGAUCCUCUCGGAACUGUGCCGCAAUGUCUUUCAACGUCUCCUACAACGAUACAAGUUCUAAAUGUAUACUCUACUCCGAGACUAGACAUUGACAAUGUACCACAGAACUUACCUGCCGCGCUAUUAGUGGGAGAGGACGCUAUGGUUAGUACUGAAAGUGAAGCAGAAGACAGCGAUAUACAAAUUGACGUGUGACAAAGUAUCUAAAUAGAUAGUUGUUACAGUUGACCGCAUGCAACCAUGUCGAAGAUUAGAGAGUGACGAGUGAAAAUUUGUAAAUAAUGAAAGAAAAUUUAAUGCGCUUGUAAAUCUCGACUAGAUAUAUCGAGAAGAAAAUAACAUAAAAAUCAAAAAUAUAUAUUAAAGAGAGCAAGAAAGCUCUAUGAUAUAUAAUUGCAGUAAGAAAAGAGAA